UAAACUGCAUCCCCUUAUUCAUUGUCAGCUUCCUGGAGCCAUUUUUUAAACAUCCAGAACGGAGCUUUCGACUCAAUCAAAUCCGUUGCAUCUUCCCGUUUUAGAAACGUAUCGUUUAUACAAUUUGAACGAAUGGGCAUGUAAGAUAUUAGUCUAACGAUAUCCCUGAUUAUUUUGGGUCGAACCGAGACGAACUUUGAGGAGAAAGUGCUCCAAAGUAGCGGAGGUACAAACGGACAUUUGACCCUGAAGAUGAGAAAGAGGGGAGUCCCGGAAAAAGUCCUAAUUUCAGGGGUCGGAGGCUCCUCCAUGGACAAAAAACAAACGGUUAUGACCCGGUACAGCAAUGCGACAUAUUAUCAGAUUUUAACACCUCCGCCAUGCCCGAACCAGACUAACAAUGUCGGCGUCGCAGACCCGACCGUGAGUCAGCUUUACACUACACCCAUAGGGGUGUCUACAAACGGGACAGGACCGCGACCAGCCCUCGGAAGACCCCCGGCGAAGCGUCGGUUGGAGCUGGAGGAGAGGGACCAGUACACCACUGAGCCAAUCAGUGAGCCCAGAGCUAAGAGAGCCACCACACACUCCCUCAGAAGAACCCAGACUCCUCCCUCCCCAUUAGAGAAGACCAGGUAUGACACAUCUCUAUGCCUCCUGACCCAGAAGUUUGUCCAGCUGCUGGCCCAGUCCAGUGACGGGGUGGUGGACCUGAACAGGGCCGCGGAGUCCCUCAAGGUGCAGAAGAGACGCCUCUAUGACAUCACCAACGUCCUGGAGGGGGUGCAUCUCAUCAAGAAGUCCUCCAAGAACAACAUCCAGUGGCUGGGCUGUAGCCUGUCUCCAGAAGGAGUGGCCAGUGUCCAGACCCCUGGCUCUGUGGGUAAACAACUGCUAGAGUUGACCCAGGAGGAGAGGAGACUGGACGAACUCAUACACACCUGCACACUCAUCGUCCAACAGAUGACUGAAGACACACCCACAAGGAGGUUUGCGUACAUAUCGUAUGAUGAUGUGAAAAGGAUUCCUAGUCUGAAUGAACAGACGGUCAUCAUGGUCAAAGCCCCUGCUGAAACCAGACUGGAGGUGCCAGACCCUGCAGAGAGUCUCCAGGUCCACUUGAGCAGCACCCAGGGUCCAAUAGAAGUCUUCCUGUGCUCAGAUGAUCACGCCCCUUCCUCCCCACUGAAAAACAACUCUGCGCCGAACGAACAUGGACAUCCGUCUUCAUCUUCGUCCUAUGCCAGUGGAAACUCCACAUCCUUCCUCAAGGUGUCACAAGAGGGUAAUAACUACACCGGUACCGGUUUCUCCAACGCCCUGUCCAGCCUCCCAGCAUGCUCUGCGGUGACAGUUACUCCUGUCUCCCCCCUGCCAUCCUCCCUCACCUCCCUCCUCCCCCUCCAGGACGUUGACCAGGAGCCCUUCAUCCCCCUGUCUCUCGUGGGGGAUGACUACCUGCUUAGCCUGGGCGAAGACGAAGGCAUCAGUGACCUGUUCUCCUACGAUCUGGACCGGCUUCCAUUAGACAACCUGCUCUGUAAUUGAGUGAAAUGUAAUCUCAGCGGCCAUUUUGGGGAAUUUUAGUUUGGCCAUUUUGUAGCCAGAUUCAUGGUCCCAAUGUGGUUGUUUCCAGUUAUAAAGGACUGAUUUAGGGCCCAGUGGGCUCUAUAGAAUGCAGCACAGCAGCCAUUUUGGAACAAGGCUUUGUUUUCUUGACCUUGUAGACUGGACUGCUCAUAAAGGACCUGCUGUGUAAUUGACCCCUGGCCAGCGACGAGAGAAGGGUAAUAGAGCUGAUCAAAGGAAGUACGUUUCAGUUCAGACUCACUGUAGGGGUGAAUUCUGUGGCUGAAAGAAUGGACAAAACCCCUUCUCAAAGCUCGUCUUUCUGGUUUUGCACUGACAGGCAAACCAACAUCCUAAACAAUCACUCAUUCUCCAUAAGACUGUUAUCUAAAUGAACUGUUCUCAUUUGAAAGCAGAAAUUGUCCCUAACAGAGAUGAGUUGUGGACGUUAACCCCCGAACACAGAUUCUUACUCAUAUCUACCGUUGUGUGACUGUUAUCUGUGACCCGAUGAUAGGUCCUGGUUCUCAGCUCACCAGAGUAGAGCAGACCCGGUUUCUACGUCCCAAGAUGGUGAUCUCUGCCUGGGCAUCAAUAAAAAAAAAAUUGCAAGAGGUACCUGGUCUUCCACAUGGAGCCUUCUGACACAAUUACUGGAAGAGACUGACUGGUAGUGUUCAGAUAACCAGAGUAUGUACUGAAAGAUGGGCCUUCUGAUAUAACGGUUUGCUACACAAUUGGUGUACGUUUUGUUUGUUUAGAGGAGGAAGUGAAUAUUGCUCCUGUUGCCGUGUGGGACAUCCACUACAUGUCCUUCUCCUGCUGUCGAUGCUCAUCCCUGGAUAUUAAAGAAGUUCAAUGUGCCUCCACACACACACACACACACACCGCCAUGCAAGAGUCACGUAGACAAGCCCCCAUUUUGUUUUAGCCAUGCUAGCUGCCAUGCUACUUAUUGAAUAACUAACGUAUUAACCAACUCAGUCAAUUCUCAGGGCUCCCAAAUUACUUUCUACUUGAAAUACAAUUUUAUUACUUAAUUAAAAUGUACAAAUGGAUUCUAAAUUAAUUUUUUUUGUACCAGAUAUUAUAAGGUAGGAUGUUUUUUUGUUUUUUUAACUUCCACCCAAUCAUUAACCCAUUGAUAAAAUGGAUAUCAAAUGUUUUUAAAUGUCUAUACUAAUCGAAGGGUACGUGACUAGGGUAGUCUAGUGGUUAGAGUGUUGGACUGGUAACUGAAAGGUUGCAAGUUCAAAUCCCCGAGCUGACAAGGUACAAAAUCUGUCGUUCUGCCCCUGAACAGGCAGUUAACCCACCUGUUCAUAGGCCGUCAUUGAAAAUAAGAAAAUUGAAAUAAAGGUCAAAUAAAAUAGACAUGUGACCUUUAAACUACCCAACCAUACGGUAUAUUCACCUUUCCUUUGUGGGCUGAAUCUGCCUGGUUUUAGAGAAGUGCUUUACUAGAUGGGGUCCUAUUUACUAGUGUAUGAUGUUGGACCAGAGCCCUAUGGGUUGAUGACAUAACUUACCAAGAAGUCCUUUUUUGAGCCAAUUGACUGAUAUGAUGUAUGUUGGAGAACAGACAUGUCCUGAACGGAACGAUAUACUGUAUUGUCGUCUUAUAGUAAUGUGUAUUUUUAUUUUAUUUUUUGUACAUGUUAAGUCAUUUCUAAGGUACUGUACUAGAAGCUGUUUUGUGUUUUUUUUAAGGUAUUCUGGUGAUAGUUUGGUUUACCAGUCUGUUUCUACAUUGUUUGUAAAUGACAAUGAGUUGACGUGACUACACAAACAGAUCUGGGACCAGGCUAGUCUUGAUAUUUCUCCCAGGUGUUGUUGUCUGUGUCACACUGCUUUGCUUUAUCUUGGCCAGGUCGCAGUUGUAAAGGAGAACUUGUUCUCAACUAGCCUACCCGGUUAAAUAAAGGUGUUCUCAACUAGCCUACCCGGUUAAAUAAAGGUGUUCUCAACUAGCCUACCCGGUUAAAUAAAGGUGUUCUCAACUAGCCUGCCCGGUUAAAUAAAGGUGUUCUCAACUAGCCUGCCCGGUUAAAUAAAGGUGUUCUCAACUAGCCUGCCCGGUUAAAUAAAGGUGUUCUCAACUGGCCUACCCGGUUAAAUAAAGGUGUUCUCACCUGGCCUACCCGGUUAAAUAAAGGUGUUCUCAACUAGCCUGCCCGGUUAAAUAAAGGUGUUCUCAACUAGCCUGCCCGGUUAAAUAAAGGUGUUCUCAACUAGCCUGCCCGGUUAAAUAAAGGUGUUCUCAACUAGCCUGCCCGGUUAAAUAAAGGUGUUCUCAACUGGCCUGCCCGGUUAAAUAAAGGUGUUCUCACCUGGCCUACCCGGUUAAAUAAAGGUGUUCUCACCUGGCCUACCCGGUUAAAUAAAGGUGUUUUCAACUGGCCUGCCCGGUUAAAUAAAGGUGUUCUCACCUGGCCUACCUGGUUAAAUAAAGGUGUUCUCAACUGGCCUACCCGGUUAAAUAAAGGUGUUCUCACCUGGCCUACCCGGUUAAAUAAAGGUGUUCUCAACUAGCCUGCCCGGUUAAAUAAAGGUGUUCUCAACUAGCCUGCCCGGUUAAAUAAAGGUGUUCUCAACUAGCCUGCCCGGUUAAAUAAAGGUGUUCUCAACUGGCCUGCCCGGUUAAAUAAAGGUGUUUUCAACUGGCCUGCCCGGUUAAAUAAAGGUGUUCUCAACUGGCCUGCCCGGUUAAAUAAAGGUGUUCUCAACUGGCCUGCCCGGUUAAAUAAAGGUGUUCUCAACUAGCCUGCCCGGUUAAAUAAAGGUGUUCUCAACUGGCCUACCCGGUUAAAUAAAGGUGUUCUCACCUGGCCUACCCGGUUAAAUAAAGGUGUUCUCAACUAGCCUGCCCGGUUAAAUAAAGGUGUUCUCAACUAGCCUGCCCGGUUAAAUAAAGGUGUUCUCAACUAGCCUGCCCGGUUAAAUAAAGGUGUUCUCAACUGGCCUGCCCGGUUAAAUAAAGGUGUUUUCAACUGGCCUGCCCGGUUAAAUAAAGGUGUUCUCAACUGGCCUGCCCGGUUAAAUAAAGGUGUUCUCAACUGGCCUGCCCGGUUAAAUAAAGGUGUUCUCAACUAGCCUGCCCGGUUAAAUAAAGGUGUUCUCAACUGGCCUACCCGGUUAAAUAAAGGUGUUCUCACCUGGCCUACCCGGUUAAAUAAAGGUGUUCUCAACUAGCCUGCCCGGUUAAAUAAAGGUGUUCUCAACUAGCCUGCCCGGUUAAAUAAAGGUGUUCUCAAUUAGCCUGCCCGGUUAAAUAAAGGUGUUCUCAACUAGCCUGCCCGGUUAAAUAAAGGUGUUCUCAACUGGCCUGCCCGGUUAAAUAAAGGUGUUCUCACCUGGCCUACCCGGUUAAAUAAAGGUGUUCUCACCUGGCCUACCCGGUUAAAUAAAGGUGUUUUCAACUGGCCUGCCCGGUUAAAUAAAGGUGUUCUCACCUGGCCUACCUGGUUAAAUAAAGGUGUUCUCAACUGGCCUACCCGGUUAAAUAAAGGUGUUCUCACCUGGCCUACCCGGUUAAAUAAAGGUGUUCUCAACUAGCCUACCCGGUUAAAUAAAGGUGAAAAAAUAAACUGUAUAGCACAUGUUCAUAUGAAGUGGUCUCGGUUUGAAGUCGUCUUUUUGUACAGUUGUCCCGUGUGAGUUUCAUGUCUAUGUGCUUUUGAGUUGUGUACUGCCUGGUUUCCUAGCCCGCCUGCUUGCCGUUAGGCUAGCCUGGUGCCAACUCUGUUUUGCGUUAUUGCGUCAACUCCUUGUCAUAAUGGCACAAACAUCUGGGAACAGGCUACAAUUCGGUAGGAAAUGCAGCCAUCGAUUUCAUCCUCAAUUUACCGUACUGAAUUUCAGUAACUACUCUUGCUCUCCCCCAGGACUAGGGUGACGUUGACCCGGGAGGCUGAUCUUGGGUCAGUUUUGCAUUUCACUAAUGCUUAGGCUUGGGGGAAGGUGGAAUCUGAUCCUAGAUCUGUAUCUAGGGGAAACUGCGCCUUGGUGUUACCAGUCUUUUUCUCUGCAGUUUUCCUUUAUAGAUCGUGGACUAAGUUUUAAUUGUGAUUUAUAUAGAUAAAUAUAUAAAUGAGUUUUACUUAAUGCUUUUAUUGAGAUGAUGUUGAUUUUUAUGAGCAUGAAUUGCUGUUUCUACCCACCGUCCAGCGAUACGAUGCCGAGCUUAAACCAGAGCCAUGUGUUUCAGUUAGGACAUGUAGGAUUAUAUAUAUAUAUAUAUAUAUACCAGAACUGUUCCCAGAGAAUUGAAUGUUAUACAGGUUGAAAUACUGAUGUAAAAAUAUAUAUAUAUAUACACAUAUAUGUGUGUGUGUUGGUUUUAUGAUCUGAAAUAAAAGAUCCUAUACAUUUUC